AUCAGUUGCUCGCCGGCGAGAAACCAGUACAGCUCGUGUUUAUAUUCUCUGACAAGGUUCAAGAAGCUUCGUUAAUACGUACAAACGAUACAAUGGCUGAUUUUUACGGCAAGAAGUACAAGCUCAGCAGCAGCGAAAACUUUGAGGAAUUUAUGAAGGGUUUGGGAGUCGGUCUUGUGACCCGGAAGAUGGGAAACAGCAUCAGCCCGACGGUCGAGUUGACCGAAAACAACGGCGAGUUCGUCUUGAAGACGACCAGCACCUUCAAGAACUCUGAGAUCAAAUUCAAGCUGGGUGAAGAAUUCGACGAGGAGACAUUGGACGGUCGUCAAGUGAAGACUGUUAUGACCCGCGAAGGAAAUAAAUUCAUUCAAGUUCAGAAGGGAGACAAGGAGACCAUAAUCGAGCGAGAAUUCACGCCGACGGAGAUGAAGGCUGUCAUGAAGCUGGGCGACAUCGUCUGUACAAGAGUGUACAAAGUUCAAGAAUAAGAUGAAUCAUCCGGUGGAUAUAAUUUCCAAAAAGUGCCGAGAGUUUGCCCAUUUCUUCGUUUUCACAAAAACUAAUCAUCGAUACGCGUUUACAUAGUAUUUGAAAAAUACUACAAGAUACAUCUCAAGGCAUCAUCAUAUAAGUUUAUCGUCACGACGUCUUAGUCAUUAACGAAAGAAUGUAAUUCAAAACUAUCGUCACCGAAAUUGUGAUACAGCAAUCGUACACAUUCGAUACAUAAUUAUGAAUUCCCGUUUGUAUAUGUUGAUUUCGAGAGUUUGAUAUUUUUCUAAUUUUCCUAUCGUACUAAUCGAAACGUUCCAAAGCGAACUUUAUCAAAUAAAGUUUAUUAUUUAAAAA